AUGUUUGAUAAGGAAAACGUUAUAAAAAAUUGUAAGAAAAAGAAAAAUGAGAUAAAGGAAGCUACAAGAAAAUGCCUUAGUUUGAUUGAUUUAAAAUACAGUACCUUCACAUCUCUAAUAAAUAAGAAAAAUCCUUCUGGAAUGUUUACAAAUUAUCAAUUCAGUGAUGAAGAAAUAAAAUUUUAUGAAGAAGAAAAUUGCUCAAAUGAUGUAUAUUUUCCAGAAAGUUCCUACACGAGCAAUGACUUUAAAAAUUUACUAGGAUGGGUACCAAGGAGUUUAAAUUUUUCAGAGCCUAUGAGAACUGAUUCUAUCCCAUGUGCCUUUUUUUUUUUAAAUGCUGAUAAAUCAACAAGGAGUGAUAAAAUCAUAUUGUAUUUACAUAAAUUUAAUGAAGACUUAGGAAUGAUAAUUCCAACUGUAAACGCCUUGCAUAAAAAGUUAAAUUUAAAUAUAAUUGCUAUGGAAUAUUCGGGGUAUGGUGUCAGCUUUGAUGUUUAUGAGCAGAAAUCAGUAUCAAUCGUAAAUGAUGCGUUUACUAUUUUAAAAUUUAUUUUUAAUUUUUUAAAAAUACCAUAUAGUAACGUUUAUAUAAUGUGUUAUGAAUUUUUGGCUAGUCCAGCUAUAGAGGUGGUCAAUCGAUUGGAAGAAGUAUAUGGAGAAAAUGGGACGUUGGGGGGAUUAAUACUUAUCAAACCCCAAUUUAUUGAAAUUAUUAACACGAACACACCAAAUAAUAAUGAUAAUAAUACUAAUGAUAUUAUAUUAGAAGACAGCGAAGCAGAUAAUGAAAUGACUCAUAAAGGCAUAUUUGAUGAAUAUGUCCAUACAAGCAUCGAUGAAGAGGUUAUAAUUGAUGACGAAUCUGUAAUCGAUGAUGGGCAGAUUACUAAACAGCAAUUUUAUAAUACAACUGGUAAAAGAUCAAGUGAAAAAAUAGAAAAAAACAAAAAAAAGACAAAUAAUAACAACCGAAACAAUGGUAAAAAAGGGAGGGAAAAUGAAGAAUCCCCUAAUAACAAAAAAGUACAGCAUAUAAAUACUAAAAAUAAUAUAUGUAGAAAUAGUAUGAAAAACGGAAACAAUAUGAGUACAGAUGAUGAUUAUAAUAAUGUUACAAGUUACCAGUUCUAUAACGGAAUAAUUCCAUGUAAUAUGUCCUUUUUUUAUACCGAACAUUCCGACCCUUUACCAGCCGAAGAUAUAACCAUUCCUUGUUCAUUAAUGAAAAGAAUAUUGAAAGAUACUUUUGAUAUAAAGCAUGUUAUAAAUUCAAUAAAAUCAAUAUGUUGUUCAAUUUUAAUAUUUCACUUCGAAAAUGAUUCUUAUAAAACCUCAAGUUCGCAUAUUUUAUUAAGUAAUGCUAAAAAGUGUAAUAAAAAAGCAGCUUUUUCUUUUGAUUUUAUGAAUGAAGAUUUUAUUACAGCAUUUAAAUAUUUCUUUUCUGAAAAAUGUGAUUCUCAAGUUAAUGAUAAAUUAUUUAAAAAUUUAUUAUAUCUAUAUGUUCCUCCAGUAUGUAAUAAUGAAGAAAAUAAAAAUAAUAAGCCGAAUGAAACAAAAAGUACGGAUAAAAAUCAUAGUAUAUGUUAUUACAGCAAUGCGCACAAUUCUAGUACAGAUUUUAACGAAUCUUUUAGCAGCAAUACAAAAUUAAAUAGUAUCGAUAGUGAUAGUGAUAAUAAUUUCAAACGCUUUUAUAUGAAUAAAUGUGAUUCUUAUAACGAACCAAAUACUAUUCAUAUUCCAGACAGUAUUUUUAUUUGUCCCGAAAUAAUUCAAGAAACAAGCAUGUGUAGAGAAAAGAACAAGCAAAUAUAA